AUGGCGCAUGGCCGUCAGGACUAUCCUAUGGUCUUGAAGCGCCUUAAAGUGGGCGUGAGGCAGCUGCAGAAGAAUGCCAAAGCGUGCGCGAAACUGGAGGUCACCGAACUGAAACGGACCAAGAUAGCUAAGAAGAAAGGCUGUUUCGAGGUGGCCAAGACACAUUCGGAAAAUGCCAAGAAGCAGAAGACCCAGUCGUAUAACUACCUACGGACCAGCUCGUAUCUGGAUUACGUCGUCUGCAAGCUCGAGGACGCGUUGCAGCGCGACAAAGACGAAUUCAUCUUCGACGUGAUGCGCACCAUCGACGAGGUGCUCAACACCAACGACCUCGCCAAGAUCUUCAGGGUGGUACGCGGCUGCGAGGAGAUUAUGGAAGGCAUGGCCAGAUCGAGCCCGUUGGACAAGGUGCCGGACAGGACGCCGACCAUCCUCCUGCAGAGUAUGAUUGACAAGGAAGACCUCACAUUGCAGCUCCUGCACACACCCAGUUUUAUUUCUGAAUACGAUAAUUCCAACUCCAACGACCGGCUGCAGAAGGUUGACAAAUAA